AUGAAACGCCUCAUGUACCUCCUCGUUGUGUUGCUGCUCAGCUAUGUUGUCUGCGCACUUCCCUAUGACGACCAUGGCAAAAAGCGCGAUCUUGGUCCACUGAGUGAUCUCCCAGGAGGUGAUGUGAUUGUAUGGGUGGACCAGGCUGGAAAUGCUCUUGCCAACAACGUCGUGGGCGGCGGCAAUUCAGACCCAACUGCGACAGCAGACAAUUCGCCUACAACCCUUCCACCAAUAUUAUCGACUCUCGAUGGAGAUCUGGAUCUCUCUCCCGCCGUCCCACUCCCUGCAUCUACCAACCAUCCAAAGACCGGGAAUUACCGUCGCUUUGGCAUCUCCUACUCUCCGUAUAACAAUGAUGGCUCCUGCAAGUCCCAAGACCAAAUCAACGAAGACCUGGACAAGCUGGCGCAAUACGGGUUUGUCCGGAUCUACGGCGUAGACUGUGACCAGACGAACAAGGUUACCAAAGCAGCGCGACAACGCAACCUGAAAGUUUUCGCCGGUGUUUUCGACUUGCAGAAUUUCCCAUCCAGUCUUGACUACAUCACCGGGGCUGCAAAUGGGGACUGGUCCGUCUUUCACACCAUCAAUAUCGGCAACGAACUGGUCAACGAUGGUAAGAACUCGGCUGCCGAUGUCGUAAACGCAGUGAAUACAGCACGCAGCAAGCUCCGCGCGGCAGGGUACCAAGGGCCCGUGGUAACGGUGGAUGCAUUCUCAGUCAUGAUCCAACACCCCGAGCUCUGCCAAGCGUCUGAUUACUGUGCUGCCAACUGCCAUGCCUUCUUCGACAACAACAACACCCCUGAUAAAGCCGGCCAGUACGUCAAAGACCAAGCCAACAAGGUCUCCAAAGCGGCCCGCGGCAAAAAGACGCUCAUUAGCGAGUCAGGAUGGCCGCACAACGGUCAACCCAAUGGCAAGGCUGUGCCGUCUUCGCUGAACCAGCAAAAGGCGAUUGCCAGCUUGCAGCAGACGUUCACUGGCGAGGAUGAGUUGGUUCUCUUUACUGCCUUUGAUGAUCUGUGGAAGCAAGACUCCUCUGGUACAUUUGGAGCGGAGAAGUUCUGGGGCAUCCAGAAACACUGA